UUCCAUUAUUAACAUAAAUUGAGCAGCAAUUGAUCUGCCUUAACGUGAGUGAAAUAUUUUUCAGUGAAAAUUUUAAAAAAAUGGUAUUCAGACUCUAUUUAUUUGUUAUAAUAAUUUUCACAUUGUUUGCUAUGUUCAGAUGUAAACCUAUAUUGGGAAAUUUACAUGAACUGGUAUGUACAGAAGCCGGAUGCGAAGAAAAUUUACCAGAAAUAAUAUGUUCAAAAUAUGAGGAAACUUCUGCUACAAAUCCAUAUGAAGUUUCCGUAGUUUAUCAAUGUUUAGAUCCAAUGACUAAUGAAGUAAUAAAGGAAACAAAAGGCACAAAACAAACUAAUUUUCCAUUGCCAUUUGAAUUUAGUAUUUAUCAAAGGCAAAAGUGGCAAGGAGGUCAAUUUUCAUAAUUUAAAAUUCUCAUUAUUAAUUUUAUUAUGUUUAAUAUUUAAUAUUAUUAUUAUGAUACCAUUAUUAUUUAAUUAAUUUAAUUAAUAUUGUAUAUAGCAUAAAUGAGAAUGACGGGCUAAUACAAAAUUCGAAUUAGCAAUCACAUAGUAUUUCUAUAUUAUCCAAACAAACAACUCAAUUAAUGCAGAGUGUUCGGAUAACACGAAAGCUCGGUUGAUCGAAGGUCGGAAAAACGAGGUUUCACUGUAUAGCCAACAUACUCUGUACAUACUUUCUAUAUUCAAUGUUUAUCACGAAUAGUAUAAUAAUUUGCUAUAUAUAGUGUAAAAACGAUAUAUUGUUAUAUUAUAAAAGAAUUAUGUUAUACAGUUGAUCGUAAAGUGAAUAUAAACAAUGUCGAAAUGUCGAAUGCAUUUGAUUUUAAGAAAAUGCUUCGAGAGAUUUUAUCCAACAUUUCAAUAAACAUGUUUGUCAAAUGUGUUUGUUUUAUCAAACGUAUGCAAAACUAAAAUAAAAUUGAUAAAUGGCGUCUGGAUCGCUUUUUAUAUAGCCUGCUUGGGCGGGACAGUUGAUAAGUAAAGUCCUUGUAAACAAAAUGUACUGCCUGUUUAAAAUCCUAUUCAAAUUCAAGGUAAAGUGACUAACCCAUACGCCAAUUAUCAAAGCACUUUCAAAAUAUGAAUGUAAAUGAUCGAAAUACCCUAGAAGUUUUUUUUUUUUUUGAGGAAAUAUUUUUAUAUGUAAUUAAGUAAAGAUUCAAGUAUAUUUCACUCACUUAUUUGUAAUUGUAUUAUUUUAACAAAAAAUAAAUGUGAUUUUUUAUUA